AUGGAACUCGGAGAAAUGAAUCUUGAAGUGGAGCUGGAAGAUGAAGACCAGGAAUACACUGGAACACCCGAACCAGACAUGACGUUACCAUUGCGUGACCAACAUUGUUCCACUCAAAGUCGCGAUAUGAAGAAUAUAGUCCCAGCAAGGUCUGCCUGGUACGCUUUUGUCAGCUGCUGGGCUUGCUGGAUAAAUGUCUCAUUUCAAUUAAAUCAGAAGUUGAAACUGAAUUUGCAAGAGCAAAAAUAUAACAAAAAUAAAUCAGCUGCAACGGUAGAUUGA